AUGUCUGGAAAUACAAAAAAACAACAAAACCCAGUAAUUGAAAUUACUUUAAAAACAAUAAAUAAUUUAAAAGUUAAUUCACCACCAUUAUUCUCAGAAGUUAUAAAGGCAGCAAAUAAAUAUCAACAACAAUCCCAAAUGUUAAGUCAAACAGGUCUUGUUUUAGCUGAUACCAUUCAAAGAUUAACAAUUCAUAAUAGUGGAGAUUUUGGUGAAGGUUUUAAAAAACUAGCUGAUGCUGUUAGAGAUUUAGAAAAUAAAAGAGAUGAAGUUUGUAAAGUUUUAUUAAAUGAAUUUAUCACACCAAAUAAACAAGCUGUAGAAAAUGAUCAAAAAGAUAUUGUUACAUUCGAAAAAAAUUAUAAAAAAGAUAGAGAUAGUAUGAGACAAGAAAUUCUUAAAUUAGAAGCUAAAACUAGAAAAGCUGGUAAAAAGACAACCCCAGAAGUUCUUAAACAGCAAAUUACUGAGUUAAAUGACAAAAUCAAAGAAUCAGAACAAUUAAAUGCAAACAAACUUAGAGAUGUAGUAUUAAUGGAGAGAAAAAAACAUGCCACCUUUUUAUCACAAUUUAAUCAGUUUUUAGAAAAAGAAAUUGAAUUAGCAACUGAAUCAAUUGCUAAAUAUUCAACUGCACUUAAUACACACAGAGAAUUGAUUAAUACUCAAUCACAGUUACCAAGCGAAACAGAGUCAAUGAUUAGUAAACAAGAAAGAACUUUAGUACAAAUUCAACCACAACAAGGCGAUAGUAGUAAUGGUGAUUACCGUAUUUCUUAUGCACCAGGCACAGUUCAAGCUGAUAGUACAUACGAAUCAUAUGAUUCAUAUGACAACUAUGAUAACUAUGACAAUUACGAUCAAUCAUAUACUGAUAGUGGUUAUGAUCAACAACAACAAUAUGGUGAUCAGCAACAAUAUGGUGGUACAGAAUUACAAGCUAGAGCACUUUAUGAUUAUGAUAGUCACGAACCAACUGAUCUUUGUUUAAGAGCUGGCGAAAUAUUAUCUAUUCUUCAACAAGAUGAUGGUAGUGGUUGGAGUAAAGGUAGAAAUUCAAAUGGAAUGGAAGGUAUUUUCCCAUCAUCAUAUAUUGAAUAUGUUUAA